CUAGUGUUUAAGAGGUCUAGCAACUUUUUAAUGAGUACUGAACUGAACGUCCCUCAGAGGUGUGUCUUCUGUCCCGGGUGUGUAUCUCUUACCUGGGAAAUGGCCACAGUGCACGUUUAAAUCUCAUCUGAGAUGCAUGAUUGUACCCUAAAUGGACAAAAAGUAAACUAAGCUCAAGCUGUCCUGUUGCAUGAAGAUUCGUUAUUUAUUUUUAUUUAUUUAUUUAUUUAUUUUUUAGGCUUUAACUUAGUUGUAUGGCUGGAUUUGAAGGCCUGGUGUCACGCAGCCUGUUGUGAACCGGGUGUUUUUGUGCAGCUUUGUUCUCUUCACUGUCUCCUGAUUCCGCAAAACAAAGCGUCUUUUCUGCGCGCUGUCCAAUGAGCGCUGCGCUCCGGAGCGCACAGGCGGAGGAGGAUCUCCACUCUGCUCCAACAGCUCAGCUCUGCGCAGCUCCACACUGAUCAGCUCCACCAGCUCCACACUGAUCAGCUCCACCAGCUCCACUCAGCUCGCUGCGUUUCACAGCUCUGCGGCGGAAUGUGAGGGGGAAGAGAUGAUCCUCCACUCCACUGGAGCUUUCUGCUUUCCCCUCAUGGAGCUUUAAUCCCAGCUGGAGCUCAACACACUGAACACAUUUCACUUCAUAGAGAGACAGGAAUCAGCCCUGGAUUCCAGGCUGGCGGCUGCGUCCCUGCACCCGAGACGCGCUCAUGAGCUCAUAGACCAAAUCAAGUGCAAAGUGUUUCCUGUGUGGGCGGGGCCUGGCAGGGGCCGAGGCUGGUCCUGGCCUCUCUGUAUAAAAUGGGAGGCCGGUGAAGGGCUUCAGUCCUGGGGUUUGGACUCUCGGGUCUGGUGCAUGCUGUGCCACGGAGGCCGAGAGAAGCUCGAGCAGGCCUGUCAGAGAGGCAGGGGGGCGCUGCAACUACCAAAAGCCAUGCUCCAACUCAGACUCCCUCGCCUCUUCAACAUCCACCAAGUCCCAAAGGUGUUUUGGGAGGACGGCAUCAUAUCCGGUUACCGACAUCCUCAAAGCUCCGCCCUGGACUGCAUCCUCAGCAGCUUUCAGAUGACCAAUGAGACGGUGAAUAUCUGGACCCACUUCCUGCCAACAUGGUACUUCCUGUGGCGCUUCUGUGUGCUCUGUUCCACGGUGAACUUCCUGUCCGAGAGCUACACAUGGCCGCUGCUGGUGUACAUGCUGCUGAUCUGUGUGUAUCCGUUCACAUCCAGCUGUGCUCAUACCUUCAGCACAAUGUCACCCGAAGCCCGACACAUCUGCUACUUCUUCGACUAUGGAGCGCUCAGCCUUUACAGCCUAGGUUGUGCAAUCGCAUACGGGUCCUACGUGAUGCCUGAUUGUUGGGUGAACGGUCGGCUCCAUCACCACUUCGUACCCAUCGCCAUCGCGAACACCAUCUUCUGCACCAGCACGUCCUGCUACUCCAGGUUUUUAGAGUUGCAGUUCCCACACAGGAGUAAAAUCUUGCGGACCGGAGCGUUCGUUAUUCCCUUCAUGUUCGAUAACAUCCCGCUUUUCUACAGACUCUUGCUGUGUUUCGGUGGAAGCUGCACUUACGCAGACGCUCUGUCCAGUCACUGCUAUCACCUGCUGUUUGCUUUCCUCACCUGCUUCCUGUUCGCUUCUCACCUGCCCGAGAGACUCGCGCCGGGACGCUUCGACUACAUCGGCCACAGUCACCAGCUGUUCCACAUCUGCGCUGUGAUCGGCACACACUUCCAGAUGGAGGCCGUUCUGGCGGAUAUGACGUCACGCCGGAGCUGGCUCACCGCUCACUCAGCCGCUCCGUCCUUCCUGGGAACGCUGGGAGCGCUGGUGCUCGGCAUCCUGCUCAACCUGGGCAUCAUCGUCCUGUUCAGCGCCAGUCUGCUGCGUGCUCCAAACCUCAGCUCCGAGAAAGGAGUCACUACAAACCGCACGCUGCAGCCCAGCACCGCCGCGAAAGACGAGUAAAACUCUCAAGCACUUCAGAAAAAUAAACUCUAAACAUGGCCCAGGGACUUCUUUAAAAAUAGAGAUGCACCGAAAUUUCAUUUCAUUUCAAAUAAUUCUGCCAAAAAUUAAGCUUUUUUUGAUAUGAAAAGAUAACAGUGCUAAAAAGAUUAAAAAAAAAAACUCCAGAAAUUUUUAUUUUAAUUAUUUAAGAUUAAUUUUUAAAUCAUCUGAUGUAUAAACUCAAAAGGAAUAACAGAUUUUUGUGUCUGAGAAGGUAACAAUGCCAAAAAAAUGAGAAAAAGUUCUUUUAAUUAUUUAAGAUUAAUUUCAAUGAUAAAAUCAUCAAAAUAAUCAGUUACCAAUUUUAUAAUAUAAAAUUAUCAAAAUCAAAGUCACAAUAAUCAAAUUCUUUUGUUGUCUAAAAAGUUAAAAAAAAAAAAGAACAAAAAUAUUGAAAAAAAUGUUUCAGUCAAAUGCAUAAAAAUGUGAAUGACUUUUCGCACAACUGAAAUUGCUUCAAAAAUAAAAAAAAAAAUAUGAUUUAAGAUAAAUUGUAAAAUCUUUGCUACAUUCUUGCACUAGUAAGUUGUUCAGUGUUGCGAAAUGUGGAGGAGUCUUCCAUGAUUGGUUCAUUUUUAAUCACCUUUAAGCCAAAAAAAAAAAAAAAAAAAAGAUUUUUGUAAUUUUUGGCACAAACCCGUGAAUAGCGCACACACGUAUACGUUUUAUACUAACUGCAGGUUCUACGUAUGUUACUGUUUCGUGUGUGUUUGCGUUUUGGGGGUGAGUGGGGUUUGGCUUGUGAAUGCUACAGAAUCCGAAAGUGUUUAAAAAAAGCAUUUUCUUAUAGAUUUAUAUUCAGAAUUAACAGCACUUCUUAAAAGCGUGACUGUUGGCUCCAUGAGCCACUUGUGUGUUUGUUUUUUCAGUAAUUGUUUACAUUUUAAAAAAAUUAUAAAAAUUUAUAUAUAUUUAAAACUCAAAAGAUGAAAAAGAUUAAAUAUAUGUAAAACCUUAACAUUUAAAUACAAAAUUUUAACAUUAAUAUCAGCUGUUUUUCCUGUUUAUAAUUAAAAAAAAAAACCCAAAAUUUUAUACAAAAAAAAUAAAUAUAUAUCUGUGAUAUCUCAGAGAAGCAUAUUUUAUACCUCAUAAUUAAUUCAUCACAAUAUUAUAUCGUCAUUUAGCCCAGCCUUAAUGUUUUUCAUCUGAGCUUUAUUCAGAAGCUUCAUUUAAAAAAAAGAGAUGAUAUAAAAUAUUAUAUUUCAUACAGUUUAUGAAAUGGUACGAAAAAAGCAAAUUACAAAAAAUUUAGUCUUGAAAUGUCUUGAAUUUUUGCGUUUUCAGUUCGGUGCAUCGCUAUUUUAAACCAUUUCCAAACAGUUUAGCACUUAUGCAGUAUACUACUUCAUAUUUGAUCUACUUUAUAGUUAUUUUAGUUCUUUAUAGUUCUAUAGUUUGGUAUUUCAGCUGAUGGCCCUGAUUAUUUUUACGACCUUUCUGUUAGAGAAUUGUUCUGUGGUAUGAAACAAGCAAUAUAUAUAUUUUCUGAAAGAAAGUCACUUCAGAAAGGUCAGGGCUUAAAUGAGGCGAAUACUGAAUUUUCUAUGUUGCAUUUUAACACAAGUGCCUUCUAGGGAUUUUUAUGUACAAGAUAUUAUUACAUCACUAAUUUAUGCAAAUGUUACUCGUAACCGCAACCAACUGGACGACGUUAGUGCAGAAUCCGUCAGGGAUUUCUUUCAGAUUAAAUUCCUCAUUUUACACGGUCGGUGAUGGCGGUGAGCGGUUGUUGCCGUUCCUGUUUUCUGAUCGUUUUACAGUUAUAGGUUUAUGACUACAGUGUAAAUAUUUAUUAUCUGGGAAUUUUUUUGAGCAUUAUAUAAUCAAAUAAGCUAAUCAGAGUGAAAUUCUUUCAUGCUAAUAUUGAUUAAGAAUAUUGAUUCAUAUCGAGAACUGAUUCUGUAAUAAGAUAGUGACACAUCUGUGCACAUUUACUUCAGCGCAACACGGAAAUCCUUCUAGGAAAUUCCGUUCACUCAGCAGCCAUCUUGUUUUUUGGUUUUUUUUUUCAGUCCUAACAGAAAAGAUCAUAUCUACUUGACCAUACAAAGAUCAUAUCUACUUGAACAAACCAGAAACACAUCAGAUGACACUUCAGACACAGAUUUCAAAUAGCUGUUAAAAUCUGACUAAAUGGCGUAAAUGUACGGCUUAUAACACGUUUUAAAAAAGCGUGCAUGCACUUUUCUCCGUAACGAACGCAGCAAAGCUGUUUCUGUGUAAGAAUCUGAUAGGCUACGCGUUUUAUGCUAACCUCUUACCCAACAAUUGGGCGAUUGGAUAUUUUUACUGAAGGGCGGGACUUGUGUAAUUCAGCCGCCAUUUUGAGUGUUACACAGUGAGACUUUUCCUGUGACUUUUACUCAAAGGUGGUGGUUAUAAAGCUUCUUAAAUCUUUCCUGACAACUGACAUAACCCUACAUAAACUUUUAUAAAGACUUAUUCCAACAGACGUCACCUGCAGGACUGCAUUUGUCGACUUAAAUGUCAUAAAUCACCUUCAGAUGAUAUAAUGACGAAAUGUAUAUUAUAUUAACUAACUAUGUAUAUAGUUACACUUUUGGUAACUUUCAAUAAAGGUCAUAUCUCUAAUAAACUAUGAACAUGUUCAUUACAUGUUAUAACGCAUUCAUAAGGUAUUAUACACCUUGUUAAAAUUAUUGCUGGAGAUGCAUUACACUUUAUAGCUAUCUUUAUUAAUCAUUACGCAUCGUUAACACAAUGCAUUAUUAUAAAAAUAGUGUUCAUAGUGUUCACUAAAUGCACAUGCCCCACUUUGCAUAGUGCAUUAUGAGAAGAUUUAAUGGCGUUAUGAUGUUUUAUAAUGCAUACGUUUUAACAUUUUAUAAAUGCAUUAUAAACAGUGCUACAAACUGUAAUGCCUUUUCAUAAAUAACUAUAAUGUUGAAUAUAAUGCUUUAUUAAUGCAUUAUAACAUUGUGAAUGUUUUUGUACGUCGUUAUACAUAUGGCCUUCAUAGAAAGAGAUUUAAUACAUUUAAACUGACUUUACUAAAGUGCCAGGAAUAAAAAUAUAUGUGUAUAUAUAUAUAUAUCUGUCAUUAAGGUGUCAUAGAAUUAUUAUAACAUUUCAAAACAAUCUUUAUAAAUAAAUAGUAUAACAAAAGCAUAUUUAUUAAAAAUCACAAAUAUAGCAGUCACUUGUCAUGACAUUCUGAUGUAAAGUGUUAUUACA